GUGUUCCAAUUAGACUAUUCAUAAUGGGAGUAUAAUCCAUUCAUCUUAAAUUAUUAUGCAACAAAGGUUAAUUUACCUUAACACUUAGUAUGUACAUGCACACGCGUGAAGUAUUACUUCAAAUAGUUCAAUACAAUAGAAUAUUCGAAUCCAUCAUUAUUAUUGUUACUUCAGUCAAAUCAUUUUCAAAAGCUAUAAUGCGACGUAGCAAGGAAUUAUGUAUCAUUUGCUUAAUGAUCAAUACAAUUGACAGUUUAUGGUCAUAAUAAUGCGUAGAGCGUGUUAUACAAAUUGAGAUAAUUUAUUGACUUCUAGAUAAAUGUAAUAACUCAAUACAACUUAUAUAAACCAGAACGAUCUCUGCCGUGAAUAAUUUUGCAAAAGAUACUUGAGUCAGGAGGAUGAAGCUACGCGUUAGAAGUAUCUUGAAGUUCAUCUUCACAACAUUUCAAAUAUUUCAAGUAUCCACUAAUCAUAUACCUAUAUCGCAGUACGCUCCAGAUCUAAGUGAAGUCAUCAAGGUAAUGACCAAUAAGUCAAAUGCUUCAGAGGUCUUAUUUCUCUCAAGAGACAAUUACACGAUACCCUUUGAUGUUUACAUCCUGGAUAACAUAAUCCAGCAAGUGUCUAAUAUGAUUCCGACGAUGCAUAUAAGUCUUGAUGAUCCCAGAAUCAGCAAGAUGGAAUUUGUACCUAUGAUACAAAAUGAUUCGUGGUUGAACAGUGAAUCAGAUAGGCCAGAAUUUCGACUACCAAUUAUGCACGGGUACAAAUACUUUUAUGAGGGUAACGUUCUCAGACAAUCGUAUACUAAAUUGUAUAGAACAUUAAUAAUAUACGUCCACGUCACCGAGGAAGUUCCAGAUCUACAAACAAUCGAUGACUUGAUCACCAAUAUGGAAAAGUUUCUGGUUUGGUACGCAACACCCAAGCUUCUAUUCAUCCUUCUCGACAGAACAAGUAAUCAGAAUCUGGAGUUCCUGCUAAAAAGAUUCUGUGAUAAGAAGAUGUUUUGGAUAGCACUAUUAGAGCAGUCAGUAUGUAUAGAUUUGAGGGAUUGUCAAACAUCUUCGGAUAUUUAUCUUCACACGUAUGAUCCUUUCCGUCACGUAUAUUCAAAGAAGCCAUGUAAUACAGAAAUCAAUUAUUUUCAUGUGAACCUACACAACCUCCACGGAUAUCCUAUUAAAGUGAAUCAUCUUAAUUAUUGGCCGCACGUACAAAGCAAAAAAAAUGCAUCAUGUCAUUCCAUCGAGAUAACCGGAUAUAUAAUGAAGAUUAUAGAGUCAAUAAGUAAGGCGAGGAACUUCACCUUUGAGGAAGUUGUAAACUGCAAUACUGAAUUUGGUGCGGUACUACCGAAUGGAACGAUGACUGGUAUCCUAAGUGACUUUGCGGAGAGAAGGAUCGAUUUUGUACUAAACACUGGAGUCCUUACUGAUGCUAACUUUCAUAACUUCAUGCAAUUGGUACCAUUAUAUUAUCCAGAAGGUAUACGUGUCCUGGUACCACUGCGAUUGAACGAAUCAGUAUCCGUGAAUUUAAAGCAUACUUUAAUGUUGCUAUUUUGUGCAAUAAUGCUGCUUUUUAUAUGGCUGUGCUCAGUUGUUUUCAAAUUCUCUCACUCUGCCUGGCAUCCGUUUCGUAUUUUCUCCGUCCUGAUAUCAGUGCCAAUUAAAAGAAUGCCAUUAAACAAUUCGGAUAGAGCUGUCUUCGCAUCUAUUGCAUUUUUAUCUGUAGUUGCUAGUAGUCUGUUAUUAAGUACCUUGACAAAAGGAUUGAUAGUGGGUACUAAAGUGCAGCAGAUAUCAUCACUAAAGGAUUUGGACGAAUCAAACAUGAAAUUGAUGAUGACAAAAAAUUUUUUUGGCAUUACGUUUGGUCAAGAUACUACUGAUGGUACCAGAUACAAUCUUGCGAAGAAAGUUAUAUACUCAGAGGAUCCAUUAAAUUGUGCUAAUAUAUUGGUAAAGUACAGGAACGUCUCUUGCAUCGCUCUUGCAACCGUAACUGAUUUUAUUCUUGCCAUUACAACUGAGAAUGGCAAACAGACGAUCGGUAUACUCCCUGACUCGAUCUGGAGUGGAUAUAAGAACUUUUGUUUCGUUAGAGGUUCUCCUUUUGCGAAUUUAUUUUAUCGGAUAGUUAUAAGAUUAUUUGAGGGGGGCUUUUUGACGAAGUUUAUUAGGGAUUUUAUUGGUGAAUCGGCGAUAAAGUUGGAAAGGUGGAAAGAUGUCGAGGACAACAAUAAGGGUCAAGAAAAUCAUAUAAAUCUUCGAGGUAUCAUCUUCUUGGCUGUUGCUGGUUAUUGUUUUUCUAUUGUUGUCUUUGUCGCGGAAUUGUUAUCAGUUCGUUUAUCUGCUGGUAUCUUUAGUAAAUGGACAUUCACUAAUCGUUCUGUGUAAAAUUAUAAAU